AUGCUGCUUUAUGCAAAGCCUACCAGCGUUGUACGAUGUGCUGCUGGAACAAGCAAGCCAUUCCCUGUACAAGUAGGGGUUCAUCAGGGUUCAUCCCUCCCACUCCUACUGUCCAUACUGUGCAUGGACACGAUAACGAAGGAAAUCCAGAAGCAGCAUCCGUGGACUCUACUCUUUACCGACGAUGUCAUGCUCGCGUCGGAGUCUCGAGAUGAUCUUCAGAAACAAGUACAGUCUUGGAAGGAUCGGCUGCAGCAUUAUGGAUUGCGCCUCAGCAACUCAAAAACUGGGUACAUGGAGUGCGGACCAAGGAUAGAGGAUGGUUCAAUUCGUGUCGAUGGCACCGAAUUAAACAAGGUGAACUGUUUCAAGUACCUUGGAUCCAAAGCGACUUGCACGAGCGAAAUUGAUCAAGAAGAUCGGGCACGUGUUAAUGCGGCAUGGAUGAAAUGGAAAAUGACAACAGGUGAACUGUGCGACAAGAAAGUCCCUGUUCGACUGAAGUCGAAGAUUUACAGGACGGUUGUGCGUCCUGUAAAUCUUCGACUUCACGGAUGCGAGUGCUGGCCGACGACGAAAGCCUUGGAAAGAGUGUUGCACGCUAUGGAAAUGCGGAUGUUGAGGUGGACGAUAGGUGUAACGCUAAAAGAGAAAGUAUCCAAUGACGCUGUACGUUCCAUCUUCGGCGUCGUCCCGAUAACUGAGAAGAUGAAGGAGGCGCAACUGAGAUGGUUUGGUCACGUCUUGCGGCGAGAGGAACAUUCUGUUGCCAAAACCGCUCUGAAGCUCGACGUUUCAGGAUUGAGACCGCGUGGGAGGCCAAAGAUUCGCUGGUUAGACCGUGUGAAGCUGGAUAUGAUAGAUGCGCGUUUGUGUACGACUGAUGCAAUGGAUAGAACCAAAUGGAAGACAAGAAGCAGAAAAGCGGACCCUGCAAUAACGCGGGACAAACGCUAG